AAAACGGGCAGAUCGGGCCAAAGCAGCCCCGACGGUGCGCCGUGCCGCAGCCCCAAAACGGGCGCAGAGCUAGGCCUCCCGUCCCGCCGCCGUGCGCGCACAGGCGCCACCACGCACAAGUCACUGCUGACGCACGCGCCGUGCCGAUGCGCGGCCGCCGUUUAUACCCGCGACUGCCACGGCCCGCGGCGAGAGCUGCUUGCUUGUUUGCUUGUAAAUGUGCUGCGAGCCCGCGCGAUGUCGGUCCGCUGCGUAGGUACCGCUCGCUCGCUGCCGGUUCGGCUGAAGAUGAGGCCCGCUUGUUGGGUUGUUAAUGGGCCCCAGAGACCAGUAUCGCACAUAGGGCAUCCGGGGCCGGCCGGCGGCGCCGAGUGGCUUGCCGGGCUGCGUGCGAGGCCUGCGACCGGCUUUGCUGCCAAUAUAUGCGAAGAAGUGAAUGAGAGGCGAAGGUGGACUCUCGGCGGCCUACAAUUCCUCGGACGCCUGAAGGAGGAAUUGAUCAUACGACGCUGUUGUUGUUGUUGCUGCUGCUGCUGCUGCUGCUGUUGCCGUUGCCGCUGCGCGCGCGUACACUACUCGGCCGCAUCAUCCCUUUCGUGGCGCUGGGGCAAGGCCUUGUUUGCAGGUUUAGGCCGAGACACGGAGAGAGCAAGCGUGCAUGUGCGACAAGAACGACGACGCGGCACUCCUGCUAGCGAGACCAGUCAUUUCCAACGUUAACAGAAGACGGCGGCGGGCAGGAGCAUAAGCAUUUUCGCUUUUGCCGUGAACAAUUGCAUCCACGGCCGUGAUAGCCCCAAGAAAAAAACGACCGACAAGAAAGCGCGCCAGUGCACCACCGGCUUGUUGGCCCCUGCUUUCCGCAGGUCCCCCCGUGCCUCCCUCGCGGCCGUCUCAACUUGACAAACAACCAAACUCCAAACGCCUAGCACUAGUUACCACGCACCCACG